AUGGAAGGAACCACAGCCCAAGCUCAGUACGUGCGCGCAACUAUCGUCAUUGUUGGGGCUUGCCGUGGCUCAGAGUUGGAUAAUGGGAUCCAGGCCGACUCAGGGACUGUCAAUGACACAGAUGCUAAUCCCAAAUACAAGAUUCCAGUUGAAGCCGACUUUCUCUUCGCUUACUCCACAGUCCCAGGUUAUUACUCUUGGAGGAACCCAGGAAGAGGCUCCUGGUUUGUGCAGGCCCUUUGCUCCGUCCUGAACGAGGAGGGGAGACGUCUGGAGAUCAUGCAGAUCCUCACCAGAGUCAACUACAGAGUGGCUAGGGACUUUGAAUCCCAAUCUGAUGACCCCCACUUCAACGAGAAGAAGCAGAUCCCGUGUAUGGUCUCAAUGCUCACCAAAGAACUCUACUUCUGA